CCAGCGAAAAACCCCCCCACCCCCAAUAGCAUCCAUCCUAUGAUGACAAAAAUCCGGUAGCCAUUGCCUCGGCCGGAUGGGUUCGGAAGACCAAGAGCAUGGAAAAUGGACAUGCCGCAAAAGCAAACGGCGGCGAUGGUCGUCCUCCUGCCGCGCGGACCAACGUAAAGGCAGCUCCCAAAACAAGUGCCACCGCCAGCGAUGCUGGCCCCAAGUCCCACAAGAGAAGUCUAUCUGGGAGCAUCCUUGGGAAGCUUCCACUGUUCCUACGCGCAUCCACCGAGGACCUGCCUCCGAUGCCACCGCCGAAGCGAGAGGACGACCCGUCCGACACGGAGAAGAAUGACGAGGGCCCCAAGAAAACCUCAGCUAUGGCGAAUGCAAUGCGGCAGAAUAAAGGACGAAAGCGCAAGGGGUCAUUGAGGAAGACGGCGAUACUGGGGACGGGGAAGCUGCGUGAGCGCCGGAACUCGAUUCUGGACCAGAAGAAGUCCCCCUCUAAGCACGUCGUCGACUCCGGCGGUGACAUGAGCCCAACUUCGCCCGACGAGGAGACGACACCGCGCCGCUUCAGCUACGAGAACCCGUCGCACGCCUCUUCGUCAGACAGCGGCUGGAUGCCCACCGCCAGCACCGCCAGCACCGCCAGCACCGCCAGCACCGACAGCAACCUCUCCCAAGACGGCCACCCGACUCCCCGCGCACUCGCAUCGCCCCUCACAAGCCCCGUCGGCCCAUACGCAUCUACCACAGACGACGACGAAGGCCUCUCCUUCUCGCGGCCUGCGCUCGCCGGAAACAACUCGUCCUACCUCGGCGUACAACUGCAGCCCCCCAACCAAUCCUCCUCUCUCCAACGGCGCCGCUCCAACAAAGGCAGCCACGGAUCCUCGCUCGCGAUGGUACACACACCCUCCGCCAUGGCGCUAGAAGAGGAAUGGGACUACAGCGAGACGGAAUGGUGGGGCUGGGUGGUGCUGGUCGUGACGUGGAUCGUCUUCGUCGUAGGCAUGGGAUCGUGCCUUGGCGUGUGGAGCUGGGCGUGGGAUGUUGGCGAGACGCCGUACGCGCCGCCGGAGCUGGAGGACGAUCCGACAUUGCCGAUUGUGGGCUACUAUCCUGCGUUGAUGGUGCUGACCGCUGUAAUGGCGUGGGUGUGGGUGGUUGUGGCUUGGGUGGGCAUGAAGUAUUUCAGACAUGCGAAGGUUGUUGGAGAUGAUGGGUAG